AUGUCCUUCUUCGCGCGUGUAACAUCUCGCCCGCCCACCCCGGGUACCACCAACGCAAUCAUCAUGGGCCGGAAGACCUACGACUCGGUCCCCGCAUCACUGCGUCCGCUCGCGAAGCGCAUCAACGUCGUCAUCACCCGCGACACGACCGGGUCCGUGCGUGAGGGCGUAGUGGCCGAAUUAGAGAAAAGGAAGGCUAAAAUCGCUGCUAAGGCUGUUGAGGCUAGGGCGCUGGCUCAGGCGACGAGUGCGGAGAAGGAGGCGUUAGAGCCUAAGGGGGCUGGGGGUGAUUUGUCGGAGCCGGUGACGGAUGCGAUUGUGACGCCGAGUUUGGGGAAGGCGUUGGAGACUUUGGAUUCUGUUUAUGGGGCGAAGGGGACGUUGGGGAAGAUUUUUGUCAUUGGUGGUGCGGAGAUUUAUAAUGCUACGAUUAAUAUGCAGGCGGAGGAGCUAAGGGGAAGGGCUGUUAGGGUUGUUAUGACGAAUGUGGUGAGGAAGCGGGAGGAAGGUGUGCCUGUUUCUUUUGAGUGUGAUACUUUCUUUCCGUUGGAUGGGCUUGAUGAGGGGAAUGGUUGGCGGGCUGCGAGCCCUAAGGAGGUUUCUGAGUGGGUUGGGGAGGAGGUUGAUGGGGAGUGGAAGGUGGAGGGGGAUGUUGAGGUCCAGAUGGUUGGAUUUGAGAAAGUGGUUUAG